AAGCUGUUGAAGGAGAUGCAGAAAAGUUUCCAGCAGAGAAUCCAGCAAAGAGAGAAAGAUCUGCAGCAGCUGAGAGAGACUGUGGAGUCUCAUAAGCGCUCUGCACAGACAGCAGUGCAGGACAGUGAGAGGAUCUUCACUGAGCUCAUCUGCUCCAUUGAGAGAAGCCGCUCUGAGUUGAUACAGUUGAUCAGAGAUCAGGAAAAGGCUGCAGUGACUCAAGCUGAAGAACGACUGGAGCAACUAAAGCAGGAGAUCAAUGAUCUGAGGAGGAAAGAUUCUGAGCUGGAGCAGCUUUCAAAGAUACAGGAUCACAUCCAGUUUCUGCAGGUAACAGAUCUAGAAGAACAGGAUCAUAGUGGACUUGAGCAAGAUCUUGCUGUGACAGGAGACAAAGGUUUCCAGUCUGUAUCAGCACCUCCUGAAUCUACAGAUGUAAAUGAUGAUCCCUUCAUUUCUCUCAUCUCUUUUGAUGGCCUGAAAGAAUCUGUCCAUCAGCUGAAAGACAAACUGGAAGGUUUCUGCAAAGAGGAGCUCAAGAAGAUCUCAGACAGAGUCACUUUCACCAACAUUGUUCUCUGGACCAGAAACAACUUCUUACAAUAUUCCCAUCAGCUCACUCUGGAUCUGAAAACGGUGAAUAAACACCUCUGUCUCUCUGAGAGGAACAGAGUAAUUACUUACACUGACACGGUUCAGCAGUAUUCUGAUCAUCCACGCAGAUUUGAUGUUUAUCAGCAGGUUUUGUGUAAAGACCGUGUGUGUGGACGCUGUUACUGGGAGAUUGAGUGGAAUGGGAUUGAUGGUGUGCAUAUAUCAGUGUCAUAUAAGAGCAUCAGCAGGAAGGGAUGGGGUGGUGAGUGUCGGUUUGGACAUAAUGAUCAGUCUUGGAGUUUGUACUGCUCUCCUUCUAGAUACUCAUUCAUACACAAUGGCAUAGUGACUAAACUUCCUAAAGUGUCCAGCAGUAAAAUAGGAGUGUUUGUGGAUGAGAGUGCAGGAACUCUGUCCUUCUACAGCAUCUCUGACACAAUGAGCCUCAUCCACACAGUCCAGACCACAUUCACUCAGCCGCUCUAUCCUGGGUUUUAUGUUUCAAACGGAUCAUCAGUGAAACUAUGUUGAUGAAUCAGAAAAAAUUUGGUUUUUAACCAAAAUGGCUUACUGACGUGUGUGAAACUCAUUUAUGAAAAAAAAAGUUUGGAAUUGUGGCAUUUUCACUUGUGAAUGAAGAUAAAUUACUGGCUAUUUUAAUUACAAUUAUAGUAUUAUAACAUAUCUUGACUAAGUAUUCAUCAUGUAGGCUAAAAGCUAAAUGUUUUAGUUGUUUGACUACUGUUAAAGUGAAAUAUUACAAUGACGGCUGUGCCUGAAGUGUGAUUACUAUUUGCUGUACUGUAUUAGCCAGUAUUUUUGACUAUUACACAUUUAAGGACCAUAUUUGUCCAUAUUUACUUCAUCACCAUUGCUGUCAGAUUUGAAACUUACAUUAAAUAAUUCAAUGAUGUCAGCAGGUCACAUACAUGCUUAUUUGUCAUCUGUCCUUUAUUCUGGUACUACACAUCCCUGCUUGUGACAUGGUGGAAAAUAUAAAUGUCCAUGAAUUAAAUUGUUGAUCACUUUUUAUUAAAUUGCUCUUUUUGGUUAAAGAGGUCAUCGGAUGAAAACUUCACCUUUUCAUGUUGUUUGUACAUUAAUGUGUGUUGGCAGUGGUGUGGCAGUGCAGUGUUGGUCUUUUUCUUUUCUCUCUCCUUGUCAUGUGUGGAGCUUUGAAUUGACCUGCAUUUGUAAUAGUUAUUGUGACAACAAUAAAACAAAAUAGA